UCGACAUAUAUAUAUAUAUCUACUUUUUCGAUUCUGGCAAAGCCGCUACGUCGGCGUCUUUUUGUGAAAUUGAGAUCAGUAUCAAAUAGGCUUCGCAACUGGCAAGAAUAAAAUUACAUACAGUCCACACAUCCAAGUCGUUUAUAUUUCUAACCAGUAUUAAUUAUUUAGGAACACACAUUCCUGUUAAAGCCCCAAAAAUUGGGUACAUGGAUUUCGUCAAUCGAAAGGGAUGGACAUCGAUGGUCAUGCAAGCUGUAGUUGACAACAAUUACUUGUUAAGAGACGUCAGCAUGAAAUUUCCAGGAAGUGUCCACGACGCGACGGUCUUCAAAGAAUCUGGAAUUUUCAAGAACCAUAGACGAAUUAUUCCGGAAUUUGUAAAACUGGUGGGCAACAAAGAGAUUCGCUUCGUUAUCCUGGGAGAUUCUGCAUACCCAUUGCUACCGUGGCUUCUAAAACUAUAUACCGGACAUCUAACUCUACAGGAAGAGUCGUUCAACUGCUACCUUAGUUCGGGCAGAAUUGUAGUGGAAAAUGCCUUUGGUCGAUUAAAAGGACGCUGGAGGUGCCUGGCCAAAAGAAUAGAUAUUGAUUAUAAAUUUGUUCCAUAAGUUGCUUUGGAUUACGCGACACUUCAUAACUUCGUGGAAAUAAGAAAGGAGAAGUUUACGCCAAUCAACGAGUCUGAAAGUAACCAGCAACCACCAGACUGGCGUUGUAACCAAGUACUGGAAUCUCCUGAAUGCGAUUCAUCUAACCUUAGGGAACACCUUAAGGAAUACAUUGUUUCUAACUUUCUUUUGCGAAGCAGUUCAAAAUAAAUGAAAAUUGCACAAUUACUUUUGU